UCCUAUAGUCUGAAAGUCUAUUGAUCACAGUCGUCUGAGAACAGAGCAGGGAGCACAAAACAGCGUUAGAUAUUGGCGUUGAAUAAUCAGUGGAUUAAAUAUUUUACCAAAUUCCAAGCCAUGGAGUUGUCUGAAAUACUGUACAACAAAGCGGAGUACAUUGAGACGGCUUCUGGCAACAAAGUGAGCAGGCAGUCAGUGCUGUGUGGGAGUCAAAAUAUCGUCCUCAAUGGCAAAACUAUUGUCAUGAAUGACUGCAUCAUCAGAGGAGACCUGGCUAAUGUCAGGGUGGGCAGACACUGUGUUGUGAAGAGUCGGAGUGUUAUUCGGCCGCCUUUUAAAAAGUUUAGCAAAGGAGUGGCGUUUUUCCCACUACACAUCGGAGACCACGUCUUCAUCGAAGAGGACUGUGUGGUCAAUGCAGCACAGAUUGGUUCCUAUGUCCAUAUUGGCAAGAACUGUGUCAUAGGUCGCCGCUGUGUGCUGAAGGACUGCUGUAAGAUUUUAGACAACACUGUGCUUCCUCCUGAGACAGUGGUGCCACCUUUCACUGUCUUCUCUGGAUGCCCAGGUCUGUUUUCAGGAGAGCUCCCAGAGUGCACACAGGACCUGAUGAUUGAUGUAACCAAGAGCUACUACCAGAAGUUCCUGCCUCUCAGCCAGAUCUGAGACCCACCCUCAAAACCUUCAGCAGGGUCCACACCCUUUCCAGCCAGUUCCAGGUCAGGGUUUGGUCUUGACUGUCAAACUGAAAUGGACUCUUAGAGCUCAACUCCUAUCCUUCAUUUACCAGAGGCCUUGAGUUUCUCUGCCCAAUGAAAAACAAUUGGUCCUGUUUAGAGCCCCUCUAUGAUUCUGGUUUUUGAGUAUGAGAAAAAGCACAUAGCUAAUGGAAUCUGAUACAGCUGCAGAGGCAGUUUUGUGUGUUUGCAGCUCCAGAUUGCAGAGAGUCUUGAAAUGUCUUUUAAAUCUGAAAAUACUAUAAGGUGUUGUUACCAAACUGUUCCAAACAGCAUGCUUAUGUUUACCACCCAGCUAGUCCUCUUCAAAAACCCUUAGUCUUAGAGUUAUGUAGUCAUAGAUCAUUUUUCCUGGUCAGGGUGCCAUGGUCCUCCAUACGGCUGCUGAUAAUAACAGAGACCCAGAGAAAGCGAUAAGCCCAAGUGUAGGAAGUUAUUGCUUCUUGGCAGCAGCAGUAGGUGAAGAUGAGGAGGUGGAGGAGCUAUGAAAGGAAAGGAGGUGAAGGGUGGAGGUGUUUGAAGGAUGUGGGAACACAGCUUGUAAGAUACUGUACAACAUCCAUGGACCAAAACAAUAGCAAACAGUUGUGUUUGAGGAUGUUGGCUGUACAUGUGCAUUAUUCAUAUCCACAGUUCAUUUGGACAACAGAGCAGCACAUUCAAGAAGUUGUUUUAAUUUUAAUCUUGAAGAUUGUGUUUUUGUUUGAUUUCUCCUUCACUGGCUUAUGCAAUUUGUCAUAAUACAUCUUUAACAUGGUUUGGAAUUUAAUUCCAUUAUGUUUCAAACAAUCAAAUCAACUGCAGCAGUGAUUUGAACAUCUCAAAUAGUGAAGCUUAUAAAUAAAUAUGAAUGCUUGAAAAUCUG